CCUCAUUCAACUUUGGCACAGGUCCCAACAUCUGCCGAGGCCCACCUUCCCCCACCGCCUAACCCACGACAUCGCACAACACCUACUAGGCCCCAACCCGAGAGACCACCACCCAGCCCCCCUUUGUAUAUAACCCAGAGCACACUCCCCCCCAAGAGGUCUCGCACUAAUGAUCAUUGCCAGAGCUCAGUCUGCUCGUACACUCCUGCGCACCCACACUUCUUGCCCCCUACCCACCACCACCACAGCCACGCUCAUCGUAUCCCGUCAAUACCACUCACCAGUCAAGACCACCGCCAUGACGACCUCGCACAAGCUCUCCGCCCACCUCCCAAAUGGUGCCAACGGCGCUGGACCCUCGCCUCCCCUCACCCCCAAGUCAAAUUCCAUUCCUCUUGGCCGCGGUGUCGCCCUCGCUCGCCCCAAGAUCACCCGCGAGCAGUCGCUCCUCCGUCUCCAGCAGCAGCUCCGCGACACCCCAUCUCCUCUUAACAAGCACGGUCUCCUCUCGCGUGUCCGCCAGCAGGACCCCGAGCUCUUCUUCUCCGCCAUUCAGGCCGAUCUCGUCAACCUUGCCCCUAUCGUCUACACCCCCACCGUUGGUGAGGCAUGCCAGAAGUAUUCUCAUGUGUAUGGUGGACCUGAGGGUCUCUAUCUCUCUAUCGAGGACCAGAACCAACUCCCUACUAUCCUCGCCGAGUACGCUGCCACCCUGAAGCACCAGCCUCAGAUCAUUGUUGUGACCGACGGCUCGCGCAUUCUGGGUCUUGGCGACCUUGGUCUCGGCGGCAUGGGCAUCUCGGUCGGCAAGCUCAACCUCUACGUUGCCGGCGGUGGUCUUGACCCCGCCGGAACCCUCCCCGUCGUCCUCGACAUGGGCACCAACACCGAGUCCAUCAGGAAUGACCCCCUCUACCUUGGUCUCAAGAAGCCCCGUGUUGGCCUCGACGAGGCCUCGGUCUUCAUGGAGAAGUUCAUGGAGGCCGCCGCCAACGCCUUCCCCAACACUGUCAUCCAGCACGAGGACUUCUACUCUGAGGCCGCCUUUGCGUUCCUCGACAAGUACCAGAACACGCACCGCAUGUUCAACGACGACAUCCAGGGUACGGGUUCGGUUAUCCUCGGUGGCUUCAUCAAGGCUGCCAGGCAGGCCUCCAAGGCCUCCGGUAGGCCCCUCACCGACCACAAGGUCGUGUUCCUGGGUGGUGGCUCUGCCGCCGUCGGUGUCGCCAAGGAGAUGAUGAACUUCUUCAAGAUGCAGGGUCUCUCCGAGGACGAGGCCCGUGACCGCUUCUGGCUCAUCGACACCAAGGGUCUCAUCACCUCGACCCGUUACGACGUUGUCGCUGGCAAGCUCGCUGCCCACAAGGAGUACUUCAUCCGCAAGGACACUGAGGGCAAGGAGUACAAGACCCUCCAGGAGGUCGUCGACUACGUCCAGCCUACCGCCCUUGUUGGUCUCUCGACCACCUUUGGUGCCUUCGAGGAGCCCGUUGUCCGUCAGCUCGCUGCCACCAACGAGGCCCCCAUCAUCUUCCCCCUCUCCAACCCCACCUCCAAGUGCGAGCUUUCCUUCGAGGACGCCCUGAACUGGACCGACGGCCGUGUGCUCUUCGCCUCGGGCUCGCCAUAUGACCCCAUCACCUACCACGGCCAGCUCCGUGAGCCUGGACAGGGCAACAACUUCCUCGUGUUCCCCGGCAUUGGUCUUGGUGCUCUUGCUUCGGGUGCCAAGCACAUCACCGACGAGAUGAUCACCGCCUCGGCCAUCGCCCUCUCAGAAGCCCUCACCCCCGAGGAGACCGAGGCUGGCCUUCUGUACCCCCGCCUCAACCGUAUCCGCGAGGUUUCGGCCAAGGUUGCCGCUGGUGUUGUCAUCGCUGCCCAGAAGGCUGGCGAGGACACUGCUAUCGAGCUCCGCGGCCUCACCGAGGAGCAGCUCAUCGACGAGCUGAAGAAGAAGCAGUGGAGCCCAUAUGUCGACAACUCUCCCUCGACCACCCCCCGCCUCUAAGCGGGUGUGGGUUCCAACAAAUCGCAUUACCGCCUCAUUGUCAAAUGGCGCGCGUCGACCACGGCGCCGCGCACAUAUUCAUCGUGUGAAAAAAGCGCCUGCGUGGCAGGCACAGACAGCAUUGGACAUUCAUCGCGAAAGAGGAAGGAAGGAGAAGACGCACCAGUGUACGCUGUUCGGUGUAUAGUUGCUUUAUCAGUAUCAGAAUGUCAUCAGAAUUAUCGCGUGA